CAUUCACUUUCCUAUAUACAUACAAAAUACAAAAAAUAUACAAAAAAAAAUUAAGGGUAGAGAUGGAUCUUGGAGGAGGCAAAGGUGGUGGAGGCUUUCAUGGCUACCAUAGGUUCCCACCAACAACUUCUGAUGGCAAAGUUACUGAGAUGAACAUGAAUUUGUCUGCCCAACUCAACCAUGCCAUUCCCCCAACAAACCACAACAACAACAAUAACUACGCCUCAGUCACAGACGACUCUGAAUGCACUGUCCGUGAGCAGGACCGUUUCAUGCCGAUAGCCAACGUGAUUCGUAUCAUGAGAAAAAUCCUGCCUCCGCAUGCCAAGAUAUCUGACGACUCGAAAGAGACCAUUCAGGAAUGCGUGUCCGAGUUCAUCAGCUUCGUUACGGGCGAAGCCAAUGACCGUUGCCAGCGUGAGCAGCGCAAGACUAUCACGGCCGAGGACGUGCUUUGGGCCAUGAGCAAGCUAGGGUUCGAUGACUACAUCGAACCCUUGACUCUGCACCUCCACCGCUAUCGCGAGUGCGAUAGCGGGGAUCGUGGCUCCCUCAGAGGGGAGCCACUCAUGCUGAUGAAGCCACGGGGUGUUGUAGUCGACCCCGCGGCUUCGACUAGCAUUAAUGCCAACAUGAUACCUAUCAACUAUCCAUUGCCACCUAAUUUCACUAUGGCUCAUCAUCAUCAUGGCUAUUUUACCUAUGCACACAUGAGUCAUGACAAUGUUGCUUCAAAUUCUCAGGCUAAUCAUGAUGAGGCAAAUAAUGUUGAGGAGUAAUUGUACUAGUAUCUUUUAAUUUAUGCUUUUUAAUUUUCUCUUUGUAUGAACUAAUUAAUGUACUAUUUGAAAGUGCUUUAAUUUUAAUUAAGGUAAUUUCUAAUAUAAUCUUCUUUUUUC